AUGUUACAAUUCUUCUUAUUAAGAGACACAUUGAAACGAAAGCAACAUACAAGUGUACGUUUCAUAAACAAACGCACCGAUGAUGCUAAAUCUGUUGGUAAUAUAUCUGCCCCAAUAUCUACACCAGCAUUGUUGUCAUCAUCAUCUCGUACCACAUUAUCAUCUGUUGGUACUGUAUCUGCCCCAACAUUUGUUUCACAUGUUGGUGCCACAUCAUCAACACAUGCAUCAUCCAUACCUACAUCAUCCAACCAGUCUUCCUUACCUAUAUCAUCUACCCAAUCAUCUGUACCUACAUCUAUCCAAUCAUCUCCACCUGCAUCUACUACAUCAUCUGUACCUAGAUCCACAACAAAUUGUAGACUGGAUGGGCGUCUAUAUAUUCGAGUGCGAGAUAAGGAGUUAUUUCCUUCGGGCCCAUGUUCUUCCAUUAUCUAUGAAUCUUUUGGUGAAAGAGCUGAUUUAAACGGGUAUAGCUGGGCAACUUUAAGUGAUGAGACAAAACUCCUUUAUUGCGACGGGUUUCAUAAGAAGCUUUGGGGACAUGAUCCAGCACACCAUGAACUAUUCUUGUAUACACACACUAAGAAUCACGAUGGAGUGACUUUUUUAGUUGACAAAGCUAAAAAAAUUUAUGAUGAUUUUAUGGAACGAUGUGAUCGCUUGGAAGCAAUAGGAGAGGAAAUUGAUGAGGACAAACUAUUUUAUGAUGUUGUUGGAGGGCAUGAUCGAAAAAAGAGAUUAUAUGGAUUUGGCUCAUAUGGAAAGCGCAUUCGUUCUAGUAAAGGAUCUUCUAAAAUGCAUCACGAACAAUACGAGGAUAAUAAUAUCGAGACAAAAGUCGAGAUUGAGAAUUUGAAGAAGUUAGUUGAGACACAACGCGAACAAUAUGAGGAUAUUCAACAAAAAUAUGAGGAUGUUCAGCAAAAAUAUGAGGAUGCUCAGAAAAAGAAUGUGGAGUUUCAGCAGAAAAAUGUAGAUGUUCAAGCAAAGUUUGAACAACAACUUGCACAAGCAAUGAAUGUCAUUAACACAUUGAGUGAACAAGUCAAAACUUUUGUUAAACAAUGAUAGAAUAUUAUGUAUCGAAUAGUGUUUUACGUUAAAUUUGUAGCGACUUUUAAAUUUGAAAUAUGUAUCUUUUGAUGUAUUGGAUAUUUCUUUUAGUUUCUAUAGAAAUACUUUGUUA